UCUGGCGGGUUUCAGGUGGGUUUGUAUUUGUAUUUCGUUUUGUUUCUGUGCUACAGGAUGCCAAAAACUGCGAGAUAUAGACUGUAGGUCUAUUAAAAGAAAUUUGCAAGGCUGCAUUCUGAUGGCGGCAACCUCCCAGCUGUUUCGGGUAAUCCGUGGCAGGGGGUUUGGUCGUACUUGGGUGCAAUCUGCUUUGUGCCAAACCUGUUUUCAAGUCCAUCAUCCAUUCAACAGUGGCUACCAACCAAAUGCAACUUCAGAUCCAAGUCAACCCCUGUCACGGAGCUACAGGACUUCUGCUGCACGGCUCACAUACUACCUCACACCACCUCAGGUAAACAGUAUCUUGAAGGCCAAUGAGUACAGCUUCAAAGUGCCUGAGUUUGAUGGUAAAAACCUCAGCUCAGUCAUGGGGUUUGAUUGUAAUCAACUUCCAGCCAAUUCCCCUAUUGAGGACCGGCGUAGUGCAGCAACAUGCUUGCAGACACGUGGCAUGUUGUAUGGAGUCUUUGAUGGGCAUGCAGGCUGUGCCUGUGCCCAGGCGUUGAGUGAGAGGCUCUUUUACUAUAUAGCCGUGGCUUUGCUGCCGCCCGAGACACUUGCUGAGCUGGAGAACGCUGUGGAGACCGGCCGGCCCCUUCAGCCUAUCCUGCAGUGGCACAAACACCCAAAUGACUAUUUCAGCCGUGAAGCAUCGCGCCUCUAUUUCAACAGCUUGCGUACAUACUGGCAGGAGCUGCUGGACCUAAGUACACCUGGAGAACAGCCUAAGGUUUCUGAGGUGCUGCGAAGCGCUUUCAAGCGUCUGGACAAUGACUUCUCUUUGGAGGCACAGGUAGGGGAUGCUAAUGCCUUCCUGCACAAUUGGGUGUUACGUGUGGCUUUCUCAGGUGCUACGGCAUGUGUGGCACACAUAGACGGUGCUGAUUUACAUGUGGCAAAUGCUGGUGAUGGCCGUGCUGUUCUGGGUGUGCAGGAGCCCGAUGGCUCGUUCUCGGCACUCACCCUCACCAACGAUCACAAUGCACAGAACGAGGCCGAGGUUCGUCGUGUACGUUCUGAGCACCCACAAGCUGAAGCCAAGACAGUGGUGAGGCAGGACAGGCUGCUAGGUCUCCUCAUGCCUUUUCGUGCAUUUGGUGACGUCAAGUUCAAGUGGAGCGUGGAACUGCAGCGGUGUGUGCUUGAGUCAGGCCCAGACCAGCUUCAUGAGAAUGAGCAUGCCAAGUUUGUGCCACCAAACUACCACACACCACCAUACCUGACAGCUGAGCCUGAGGUGACCCAUCACCGGCUUCGGCCACAAGACCGAUUCCUAGUACUUGGUUCGGACGGGUUGUGGGAGACACUGCAUCGGCAGGAGGUGGUUCGUAUCGUUGGGGAGCAUCUAACUGGAGUUCACCAGCAACAACCCAUCAGUGUGGGCGGCUACAGAGUCACACUGGGCCAAAUGCAGGGGCUUCUACAGGAGAGGAAGGCACGUGUCUCCUCUACGUUUCAAGACCAGAACGCAGCUACGCACCUGAUCCGCAACGCUGUAGGCAGUAAUGAGUUUGGCAUGGUGGAUCACGAAAGGCUAUCCAAGAUGCUCAGCUUGCCAGAGGAGUUAGCGCGCAUGUACAGGGAUGAUAUCACCAUCAUUAUAGUGCAGUUUAACCCACACGUCAUUGGAGCUCAGCAGAACUGAAUGUACUGUUUAGUCCUUUGUUUCCGUUAUACAGCUUCUGUAAAUAGUCAUGAGAAGAUGAUGAGCAGUAUGGUAGUGGUGGGGUGUGCAUGUGUGCACGUGUGUGCAGGGCUAACAUAUAUUGCUGUAUUAUAUUAUGCAUCAUAAUCACAAUUCAGUCUGUACUUUUGAGGUCAGCAGUGUGUGUGUGUGUGUGUGUGUGUGUGUGUGUGUGUGUGUGUGUGUGUGUGUGUGUGUGUGUGUGUGUGUGUGUGUGUGUGUGUGUGUGUGUGUGUGUGUGUGUGUGUGUGUGUGUGUGUGUGUGUGUGUGUGUGUGUGUGUGUGUGUGUGUGUGUGUGUGUGUGUGCGUGCGUGCGUGCGUGUGGUAGUUGGUGGUUGGGGCGGGGGGUGUCAUGAAAUAGAAGCCUGGUUUUUACUUACCCAUGUCUGAGGAUGUUUUGUUAGUGUUCAUGAAUAAGCUACAAUGCUUUUUUAAAUGAAGUUGAGUUGGGUUUUUUUUAAUCAUUUCUGCUGCAUCCUAAUAACGUGUGUCGAAGCCAAAAACUAAGGAGAUUUAAGUAUUGCCUACUCCUGGAAAUGCAGCUUUGAAAUAAUUGGUCAAGUUACAGGUUAUGAUGCUUAUUAUAUUAUUCUCAAUACAUUGCUGUAUUAUAUUUGAAAGAAACUCAAAUUCUCAGACAACUACAACUUUUUCUUUGCAUGGUUUGCCUGGACUAACUAAGCACAAGUUUAUUUAUUCAUUGGUCACAAAUUAAUUUUUAGAUUUUUUGCACAUCUGUUGUCUAAAUACAUCUGCAAGACAUCAGUGUUUUUUUUCUGUAGACCACACAAAGCUUUGUAUAGACAUAAGACACAACACACAUAAAGGCUAAUUAGGCAGUCUAAUCAGAUUAUCACUAGUAAAAUCAUCAUAAAGUUAAUCCUAAAGAAGCCUUUGAGAUGGCUGGAUAUGGUGCAGUUGUUUAUUGUUACUGUCUCUGCAUCUGUUUUUGCAACUAAGGCAAAUACAGUAUUGUAUUGAUGCCCAUGUACGGUAAAUUAGUAGCAGGAGCAAAGCCUGCACGUCUGCUCUCUGUUGUAGGUGCUGUGUAAAGAUAAUUCUUUAUUUUAUGACUUGUUUCAUUGAGGGAUUUUGAGUAGAGUAAGUUACUGAUAUAAGUGAGGAAGCAAAAGUUGUUUUUCUAUACAAUUGCACAACUGUCUUUUGUGUUUAUGCCAUGAUGAAGAUUUAUGUAAUGAAAUCCAUCAGUUUAUAGACUGGACCUGAUCAGUUCAGCCUCUAUACUGUCUUCAAGUGAGAACCGUGUCACGCGAAUGUUCGAGUGCUUGACAGGCCGAAUGUAUUUUCUCUUCCACGUACGGUGUGAGUAGUGAUGGAGGUCAGCAAAUGCCCUUUAGUGCAGUAAGUGUUACAGUUCUGCUUGUUUGUGGGUCAAAACGAAUGUAGCUUUGAUUUGCAGGUGAUAUUAUCAGCCUCACUGUUCUGCAGUAAACACAAUUACACAUUUUAACAGCUUUUAAUAUACACCUGCAUGUAUAAUAAAUUAUAUUUAACUGCAAAGAAUUAAUCAUUUUGUUCAAUAAGGUUUUCUAACACACGGCCAACUUGAUGAAAUGUAUUAACAUAAUGUUGGGUUAUUAAAAUGAUCAGCACUAUUCACCUCUCUCUAAUGUUUGGUAUAUUAAGUAAAACAUAUCUACAGAUUUAACUUGAUAUAGAUAACUUUAACUACUUGCUUGUCUAUUACCUGAUCAUUUAUUUGGCUUAAUGCAUUUAAAGCAUUAAAUAUCCAUAUCUUGUAACAGGUAUUUUUAUAUGUAUAACGUGUACAUACUUGUGUAUGAAUAUGGGAUCUCUGGUAUUUUGUAUUUAAAUAUUUUAUUAAAACAUUACACCAGUU